AUGUCAUCAAGGAGCAAGUCGACCAAGCUGGUUGGGAAGAUAACGAAUCUGCCGAGGAAACACAAACUGACAAUUAGUGAUCCAGAAGCAAAACAGCAACUGCGUGAUGAUUAUGACCAGUAUCGACAAAAAGCAAAGGCUAAGGGGGGCCGCGGCGUGAAACGAUACAAUGAGGCAACAAAGCGUAAACUGCAAAACAAACAGCAGCUUUGA